AUGACAAUUCCAAGAGCAGGAAAUUACAACUGUCUCGGAGAUAAUGCCAACUUCAACAAUGCGAUUCUAGGUUACCACCCUGCUGGUUUCCUGAACGCAAAACGUAUUAUCAAUGAGCUUUACACCUGUUCUGACGAAGGCGAUAUGCAAGGCCGAUUUAACAACAACCUGGGAGGCAUUGCGACCACGAGUCAGCAGAUAUCCUUGUAUGAUUGUCUGGAAGAGCUGGACUCUCCCGCAGAUAUCUUCGAAAACUGCACUCCUACUACAUCGUUUUACAGUCAAAAGAUAACCUCAGAUCUCGAGGCCCGGGUAAUAUUCUGGGCCCGCAGAAGCGCAGAGCCAUUGAAGCAUUAUGAAUUUCCAAAUGACCACUGUCCAAACUCGUUUGACUCCACGAAGGACGAUCACUAUAUACAAUACAGAAUCAGGAUACUGUCAGACCACCCGCGUCGCAGCGUCAUCCCGUCUUUCGUCUCCAGUGACUCCGAGCUUGCCGAUACCACUCCCCCGGGCAUUAUCAACGAUGCCGCGACAGAACCCUCGCCAUCUCCGACUCCGUCGUCGUCCGUUCAUGAUGCGGAUGCAAAAGAACCGAGCAAAUGGUCGCUUGGAUCAAAGCGUCCACCUCGAUGUCUCAAGAAGCUGUCUACCGCCAUGAGGUAA